AAAUCAUAUGAUUCUGAAGUUUUGCAACCUGGUGUAGAGGAUGUAAAGAAUGUUACAGCAGACAUUCAAGAUCCUGAAGGCUAAAACUAUAAGCAUCUAUGAGGGAUGAGGGUUUUGUUAGAUGGUGCAAGAAGUGGUUAGCUCAUGCGAAUUUGCGUGAUGAUUUUACUAAGGCUCGAAUUCUUGGGGUUUAUAUCAUAUGGAACACAGAAAUAAAGUGGUGCAUGGGCAGGGAUUUUUCUCGCAUGAAAUGGCUAUGGCCAUAUUCAGGCAUCACUGGUGGCAGAGUAAUAAUGUGGUAUGGAGCGAUGCUAUGGACAGGGGUAUGCGUAGCAGGUUUCCGCAAACACUUUCUUGGUUCUACAGGAUUGAGCAAGGCUUUCAGGAAGUUCGCUCAGUUGAAUGGAUUAUUUUUAAGGACUGUUCGUUCACUUGUGAGAAUGGGCAGAAGUAAAUCUCAGUGGAUGCGGCGAUCUAUAUCACAAGGGUUUGUUCCUGUGCAAAUUGCCAAGGGCGUAAUCAGAUUCCCAGGGAUAAGAGAAGCUCAGCUAUGGAAUGGUUUAGACGUGUGUUCCUAAAUAUGCAUAGAACAGCGCUCAUCCAAACGGCGCAUGAUGAUGUUCUUUCUCUCUUAUUUUUUAUAAGAUCCUCUUAAUUACGUCAUUUAAAAAGAUAGUUAAAAUUAGUUAAAAGUAAUAAGUAUGUAAAAAUUAAAAUUUUUUCUCAAGUAUGCUCUUAUUUAGUAAAAAGGCAUAUAAGAGAGAAAGAUACUAGUAGGGAUGAGAUAAAGUAUCAAAGAGAAUGUAACAUGAUAAAAUAAUGAGAAGAAAGAAUAGAAAAUUAAUUAUGGGUAAAAUUGAUAAAAAUGUAUUUAAUACUUAGACAGCCUUAAGUAGGAUUUUAACCAAAUCAAUUCAAAUUUUAAUAUUUUAUAAAAAGUAGGGAAAUUUUCAAUUUAAG